UAGAAACUCUUAAGCAAAUAGUUACGAUUGUCAAAGCGAUUUAGUUCUACCAAAAGGGAGGAUUACUUUAGAAAUGUGUUCAGGAAAGUCUUGAAUCUGUCAGAUUCAUUUUUCGCGUCAUCCUCAGGUGCGCGUACGUCACUUCCUGUUAUCGCCAUUUGCUAUCGGAAGAUAUAUUGACAAUUUUGUGUGUCAAAACAGCGCUCAGUUUAUAUUGGAUUUAUAUUUGUCAUACGUUUGGAUUAUCUGAAUUAUGAAAUGAAGAUCGUGUGUACAAAUAUCUAGAGAGAACAGGAGGAUGAGUUCAGAAAACACCACAGAGUCCAAUGGGGGCAACUCAAGUGUUGCCCCCUCGGUGACAUCAUCCAUCAUCAGUAAAAUAACAACAGCUAUGGUGUCUGACAUUACGACAGAGCCACUGGUGCCUAAUGGCACUACCAAUGCGACACAUCAACCUCUCAUCUUUCUACAAACCCAAGCUGCUCAGGGAAUUGCUGGAACCUUUGCUGUGGCAGCCAUACUUAUCACAUGUCAUCAGAUAUACCUUCAUCUCCGCUACUACACAUGCCCCAAUGAGCAGCGAUGGAUCGUGCGUGUGUUGUUCAUCGUGCCCAUCUACUCCUUCGACUCAUUUCUCAGUCUCAUGUUCUUCAACAAUGACAGUUACUAUGUCUACUUUGACAGUAUCCGAGAUUGCUAUGAAGCAUUUGUGAUAUACAGCUUCCUGAGUCUAUGCUAUGAGUACCUGGGAGGUGAAGGGGCCAUUAUGUCAGAAAUUAGAGGAAAGCCCAUCAGGUCCAGCUGGCUGUGGUGUACCUGUUGUCUGGCUGGCCGGCAGUACACAAUCGGUUUCCUCAGGUUCUGCAAGCAGGCCACUCUCCAGUUCUGCAUCAUCAAACCAGUGAUGGCCGUCCUGACUCUAAUCCUGCAGGCCUUCAGUCUGUACAAGGACGGAAACUUCUCACAUGGUGGUGGGUACCUGUACAUCACCAUCAUCUACAACAUCUCUGUGUCCCUGGCGCUGUACGGCCUCAUCCUGUUCUACAAUGCAACCAAGGAGCUUCUCAGCCCAUACGAGCCAAUCCUCAAGUUCUGCAUCAUCAAGUCUGUCAUCUUCUUGUCCUUCUGGCAGGGUGUUGUCCUGGCUAUCCUUGAGAAGACGGAAGUGAUCAGUCCAAUCUUUGCUGAAGGCAACCAGCUGAAAGUGGGAGUGGGUACGGUGUCUGCCGGAUGGCAAAACUUCCUCAUCUGUGCGGAGAUGUUCAUGGCUGCCAUCGCCCUGCGCUCCGCCUUCCCACACAGCAUCUACAGCUCUGCCCCUGCAGCCACCCACGGCCGCACGGUGUCCCUCCAGAGCAUCUCCUCCAGCCUGAAGGAAACCAUGAACCCCCGGGACAUCAUGCAGGACGCCAUCCACAACUUCCACCCCCAGUACCAGCAGUACACCCAACACGGCAUGAAGCCACCCAAGGAGGAUGAGUUCAACGAAUCGGGCGCCUGGCCACAUGACCCUUACCAGCGUGGACGACCCCAACAGAACGGAAAUGCCGCCCCUCCCCAACCUGGGCAGCAAACCACAGCCACGCCCAACAAGAACCGAUUUAAUGAAAAGACAACCCUUCUGAGUUCUGACGACGAGUUCCAGUGAAGAAUUGAUCGUCUCAAUGGCAGCUGACUGAUAAUGGACCAUUGUAGGCUGGCUGUUUCUGGGUAUCUCUUGGUUGUUACGUGAGACUCUCCCACAACUUACUCUGAGCAUGUGACUAAACAAUGUGUGUACCAAGCAUGCUCUGUCGGACAUUCUUUACACCAUAUAUGCUUGUAUGUCUCAAAUAAGUGUACGUCAUGACAGCAGAGCAAACUAACAGAACAUUUACUUGCUGUCUUAAUCAGCCACAGAGCUUGUCACAGCUAAUAACAAGUAACCCAAAUUUAUUUUUGCAAAGAAGUGAAUAUAUCCAAGCAUUGUAAUAUAGAAAGUUUACCGUGACAUAGCUUCAGAGUAGUAACUCAUUUCCAGCGUAGGUGUCACAACAAGUGGAGUGUUAACAGAGAUUACAAAUUUCUAUAUGAAAAAAAAUUCAGCCAACCCUAAAUACAAAGUAUAAAAGAUCUACGUUUUAUUGGGAACAGAAAUCUUGGUUCAUUGUGUAACAAUAUUGAACAUUCGAAUUCAUAUAUGAAUGGAUUAUCAUAUAUAUCUCACCCUGUACGCUUCAUAAGCUGGACUUUGAAUCCAACUAGCUGAGUCUGUCAUGGAAGUGACAUCCGUAUGUGUUAUUAUUU